CGUUCGGCCGGGCUCGGCUCCCGCUCGGCUGCGUUCGGCCAGGCUCGGCUGAGGUAGCCCGUCUGGCGGGGGCGGGUCGGGUGGGCAGCCUCGCUCUCACGCUCGCUCUCCGGGCCUCUGGUUGGGCUUGGUGCGAUGGCGUCUCGCGCGGGGCCCCGGGCGGCGGGCACCGACGGCAGCGACUAUCGGCACCGGGAGCGCGUGGCCUCGCACUACCAGAUGAGCGUUACGUUCAAGACUGAGAUUAAGAGGCUGAUCUACAUUCACAUAGGUCUUUGGCUCCUGUUAGCGGCCCAGAUGUGUGUGGGGCAUCUGAAGCUCCUGUCCUAUGAUCAAGUCGCCAUGCCCUACCAGUGGGAAUACCCCUACCUGCUGAGCAUUGUGCCCUCUGGUUUUGGCCUGCUCUCAUUCCCCCGAAACAACAUAAGCUACUUGGUGCUCUCCAUGAUCAGCACGGGCCUUUUCUCUAUUGCCCCUCUCAUCUAUGGCACCAUGGAGAUGUUUCCUGCUGCCCAGCAGCUGUACCUCCACGGCAAGGCAUACCGUGUCAUCUUUGGCAUCUCUGCUGUCUCCAUCAUGUACCUGGUGCUGGUAGUAGCCGUCCAGGUGCAUGCCUGGCAGCUCUACUACAGUAAGAAACUACUGGACUCUUGGUUCACCAGUACACAGGAGAAGAAGCGUAAAUGAAGCGGGACGCAUGGACUAUGGGCUGUAAUUGGGGGUGGGCAUGGGGCUGGGGGAGGGGGGAGGGGAGGCUGGGCCUCAAAUUGAGAGAAGUGGGAGGGGAGAGGGACUAGUCCUGAAAUACUCUCCAAGCCACUGGCCUAGUAAGGUUGGCAGCGGGUGCACAGUAGGCUGAGAUUCCGGAAAACAUUUCCUACCUCCCUCACCUGCGUGUUGGAAAGGCCGUGUUGAUGUAGGGCUCUUGGAGUUGGAUGGGGCUCCCUUUGGCCAGGAUUGGAUGAUCUAAUGCUGUGGCUUGAGCCCUUCAGGAUUUCCCUUGAGAGAUGGACUAUCCUCUUCAUCUCCUGUUUACCAUCUCUUUUACUCCUUCCUUCCAUCCCUUCCAUUCCUUCCUGCAGCCAUGAAGACAAGCAGAGACCAAGCAGAAGCUGGUAAUGAAUCCGGUUCCAUACUUUCUAGGGAGGAAAUACCUGUAGGUUGUGUGGUCUCUGAUGCCAAGAAUCAUGACUCAAAAAGGAACUCAAUAAAAUUCACCUGUGUCCUGAC